AGUAGUCACUUAUGAGGCUGUGACAUCAAGAUUGAGAUCAAGCCGACCUCCUCCUUUCAAGAUCAAGAUUUGUUGUGUUCUUUCGAGGCGGCAAAUUUCCGCGUCCCCAUUUCCACCCAGCUCCAGAAGUGUCCAGAGAGGCAAGACACAAGGACUGGAACAUGUCACACGGAAAGAUGCUGAAACGAGGUCCCAGUAUCUACAAUACUCUGCCCAAGGUGAUAGCUGAGAGGUCAGCCAGCAUCAUUGACCUUCCAGAUAAUGAUAUGGAUCAAGGACCUUUCAAGGAGCAGCUCAAAGAAUUUGUUGAAUCACAUGUUCCCAGGAGUGACAAACAUGAAGUCUAUGAUGAGCUGAGAAAAGGAUUCUUAUUGAUGGAGAAGAAAGCAAGAAUACGGCCACACAAGUCCCUCAGGCAACCAGAGAAGAAACAGCAUCAAGCCCCAUCUCACAGGGGCAAGAAGCGCCUCACAGGUCAGGAGAGGCGGGAUUUGGGCCUCCACCGUGUCGACAAAUUCAACAAGACCUUCAAGAUGUUCAUUCCUAUACAUGAUUUAUGGAAGAGCUAUGCCCAGGAGCUGCUCCAUAUCAGCCACUUUAUAGAGAGUGGCUGGAAAGGGGAUGCCAGGGACUCCAAAACUGAAACCCUCCAAAACAGAGUCAGGAAGAUAGACUACUUUGGCUGCUUUCUCCGUGUUACUCGAUCUCGGUGCUCUGAAUACAUAGGGAUCCAAGGGAUUGUUAUCAGGGAGACAAAGAACACCUUUGUAAUGGUGUGUCCAGACAACAGUGUAAAAACCAUCCCCAAAAUGCACAGUGAAUUCAGCUUUGUGGUGGAGGGUGUUGGCUUCUCCAUCAUGGGGAAUCACUUGCAUCAGCGACCGGCAGCAAGAGCCAAACACAACUUCAAGAAGUUAUGUCUUUGGUUGUGAUAUAUUGGAUUCUCAUGUUAUUGACCUUAGAUGUGAAAAGAUCAUGUAAAGAAGAGUAACAAGCAUUGCAGCGUUUCUU